CGGUCGGCUGCAGGCUGCCGGACAGAGUGGCCCACAGAGCCGCCCAGGGAGGUCGUCCAGGCUUACUCUGUGCCAGCUCUGCCUCAAGCCGCCAGCAUAGGCCAAGGCCCAGGGCGUGCGCUGGCCGCCGUCAUGCCCGCCGCGUCUCCCACGGGGCCCUGGGCCCCCGCGGCCCCCAACGCCACGGCGGCGGCGGCGGCGGCGGCGGCGGCCAACGUCAGCGUGCCCGAGGUGCCCCUGUUCCACCUGUUCGCCCUGCUGGACGAGGAGCUGCACGCCGCCUUCCCGGGCCUGUGGCUGGCACUGAUCGCGGUGCACGGAGUCAUCUUCCUGGCGGGGCUGGUGCUCAACGGACUAGCGCUGUACGUCUUCUGCUGCCGCACGCAGGCCAAGACGCCCUCGGUCGUCUACACCAUCAACCUGGUGGUGACCGACCUGCUGGUGGGGCUGUCCCUGCCCACGCGCUUCGCCGUCUUCUACGGCGCGCGCGGCUGCCUGCGCUGCGCCCUCCCCCACGUCUUCGGCUACUUCCUCAACAUGCACUGCUCCAUCCUGUUCCUCACCUGCAUCUGCGUCGACCGCUACCUGGCCAUCGUGCAGCCCGACGGCUCCCGCCGCUGGCGCCAGCCUGCCUGCGCCAGGGCCGUGUGCGCCUUCGUGUGGCUGGCGGCCGGCGCCGUGACCCUGUCCGUGCUGGGCGUGAGAGCCGGCGGCGGGCCUUGCUGCCGCGUCUUCGCGCUGACCGUCCUGGAGUUCCUGCUGCCCCUGCUGGUCAUCAGCGUGUUCACGGGCCGCAUCGUGUGCGCGCUGUCGCGGCCGGGCCUCCUGCGCCAGGGCCGCCAGCGCCGCGUGCGGGCCAUGCAGCUGCUGCUGACCGUGCUCGUCAUCUUCCUCGUCUGCUUCACGCCCUUCCACGCCCGCCAGGUGGCCGUGGCGCUGUGGCCCGAGGUGCCGAGCCACGCCAGCCUUGUGGCCUACCACGUGGCCGUGACCCUCAGCAGCCUCAACAGCUGCAUGGACCCCAUCGUCUACUGCUUUGUCACCAGCGGCUUCCAGGCCACCGUCCGAGGCCUCUUCCGCCGGCGCGGGGCGGAGCGCGAGCCCCACGGCAGCACCGUGGUCGGCAUGCAGAGGAGCUCGCGAGUCUCGGGCCGCAAGCACAUCCCGGACCCCGGCCCCGGCGCCUUCACCCAGGACCUGGCUAACGGGCCAGAGGCUUAGUGGGCAGGACUCUGCAAGGGGACCGAAGGCCAGGACUGGACUGGGCAGGCGGGGUCGAGGACGGCACAGACGUCCGCUUGCCCUGGGGGUGGGGGCGGGGGUGGGGCGGUGGGGGUGGGAUCGGCUUCACCUGGAUCGAUUGGUGAUGGCUGUGCCCGGCACGCUGCUCAGUGCCGUGGUUGAUUAGCGAUGUCUGCCGCGGCCCCGGAGUGGCCAUCUAAGGCUGACCGUUUACCUACCGUCUGGGGUGUAUGCUGCGUCCAGCAAAGACUCAGAGGGGUAGCCAGGAGCUGCUUCUCUCCUGGUGCACGUUCACCCUGUGAGGGAUUCCUCAGAAACAGGGACAGAGAUCUUUUGAGGUACUAGGAAUUGCAGAGAGGUUCCCUUUCCUCUCUUCCCCCUCCCCAUACCCACCCCCCUCCCCCCGCCCCCUCUGGCUUGGGCCGAUGACGGCCUCCUCUGAGCCAGACGCCAGGAUUGCCUCCACCUGCUUUCUGUUGAGCGGCCAAGCUCCCUGGGCCCUUUAUAGACUGCUAUAGGGGCAGGGGCCUGUUGGGCACCUUCAGGCACCAGGCCCCACCUCAGCCACAGCCACUGACAUAGGGUGAGACGGACCCUGGGCCCCAGAUCUGCCCUUCUUUACAGAGAGAAGUCCUACAUGUCCAGUGGCUCCAGGCAGAGUACCUGGUCCCCCAAGUUCCCUCCCCUGGAGGGAGGCCCGCGUGGGAGGCAGGAAGGCCAUUUAUAUCCCCAUGUUACAGAUGAGGAAACUGAGGUUCAAAGAGGGAAAGGCCUGGCCAGGGUCACGGAGUGAGUUCCAGGCACUGCAAGGCCAGCACUGUCUUUAGCAACCCUUCGUGGAGCCCCGUGUGGACGACUCCUCCUGCCCCAGGACAUGUCAGCCCACAGCCUUCCUGCCGGAGGCCCAGGAAGUCCCGGGCUCCCACCCAGGGCUGCUUCCUGGGCCCGGAUGCUUGAGCAGCAGAGAG